CUGGUAACUGGUAUCCCGGAAGCUCUUAAGUCUUAAUAUAAUUUUCACUAAUUGGAGUUCACGAUCUCGGUAAUAUCUAGAUAGUAUGUAGAUAUAGACCGUUAGUCUUAGUUUUGUUUUGCUACCUUGAUUAUCAGACUGUUUACUUUUCCCUAGCUAUAGUUAAUAAGUUAAAGUUUGUAAUCAAAUUCUUGACUAAAAGAUGGAAAUGGAAUGCGAAGAGAGCGCCGAAACAAUCGAAAUUAAGAAAGAGGCGGAUGAGUACUGGGUCACCGUCGUCAAAGCGAUGCUGCACUGUCAACAAGUUAUGCAGCAGCAACAGCAACAACAACAGCAACGUCAACAACAGCAACAACAACAACAACAACAGCAACAACAACAGAGAUUAUCUGCUAGACACUGUCUUCCUCCUGACUUCUCCCAACUGGGUUACAUUUCUCCCAAAUCAGAGAUGUUCAGUCACACGGAGCCAGUGAUGAGCGCCCUUUUCACUGACAGACUACGAAGUCAUACCCCUCCUACCAGUAUAUACAAACCUAACAUUAUUAUUCCUCAAUACGACCAUCUCAUACGGCAGGCUAGUCCGCCCAUCUCUCCUCCUCAACCAGAAUCAAGCGGUGCAGCAGUAGCAGCUCCAGUGGAACUUAAAUUCACAAAGGAACGUAUGAACGCAUACCUAACAAACAGGAAGCGACUGGAUAAGGAAGUGGUGAUACGACACGCCAAAGUCGCUCAGAAAUCAUACAAAAACGAGAAACGGUUCUUCUGUCCACCCCCAUGUGUGUAUCUACGCGGAAAGGCUUGGGCUGUUGGGGAACACCGGCGUGGCAUUCUCGAACAAAAUGGUUUGACUCCUAACGCAUUUAUCGGUUUAUCUAAAAUACAUGACGACAUGCAGCAGUUACAUGUGGAAGAGAAAGGGUUCGCUGCAGCUAAAACCCUCUAUAUAUCAGAUUCCGUUGAUAAACGUAAACAUUUCGACCUGUAUUGUAAGAUGCUGUACUCAAACGGUCAGAACAUUGGCACGUUCAUGUCGAAGAGAAUAAAAGUCAUCUCGAAACCCUCUAAAAAGAAGUUAUCUAUCAAGAACAUUGCAUUAAGUAUACAGUCGGGAACACACAUAGCGCUUUUCAAUCGGUUACGAUCUCAAACUGUCAGCACUCGAUUCCUGCACGUGGAAGAUGAGAACUUCCACGCUUCUUCACACCAGUGGGGGUCCUUCGCCAUACAUUUAGUCGAUGAAGACGAAGAAGACAGUGAAGUGUUCAAUGUUAAAGAUGGUCAUGUGCACUACGGCAAGACAGUGAAGAUUGUGUGCUCUGAAACCAAGAUAUCACUCCCUAAAGUCGUGAUACGAAAAGUUGAAAAGCAGGUCGCAUUCCUCGACGCUGAAGACCCCGUAUCUCAACUUCACAAGGUUGCCUUCUAUCUGAAAGAUACAGAGCGGAUGUACCUAUGUCUGUCACAAGAUAAAAUUAUCCAGUUCCAGGCCACACCCUGUCCAACGGACCCUAAAAAAGAGAUGAUAAACGACGGUGCUUGCUGGACUGUCAUCUCAACUGAUGAAGCCAAAUACAGAUUCUGUGAUGCUUUAACAACCGUUAAGAAGCCCAUAACUCCGGUACCAGUCGUCGAACAAAUGACCGCUGAAGGAUACGGCAAUGGAAAAGGAGAAAGCUAUCUUGAGAUUAGUGGUGAAGGGUUCAGUCCUAACCUGAAGGUCUGGCUAGAGAACCACGAGUGUGAUACAUAUUACAGAUGCAAAGAAACGCUGCUUGCAAGGAUUCCUCCCAUUCAAGUAUUCAAGCCAGACUGGACUUACGUCCAGCGGCCGGUAACCUGUCUAUUGGUUCUUGUCCGAAGUGACGGAGUAAUCUACUCAACUGAUAAAGAGUAUGUGUACGAAGUACAGUCGCCUCCCUCCCCCGAAUCCCCCCAAGACUUCCAACCCUCGUCCAGUCAAUCUUCUUCGUGACGUCACCUCAUCAAUGCCAUGACGUCAUGAUUCAUCGUUAUGAUGUCGUCAAUAGAUGUCGCGCUGUGGUGUAGUCGUGAGAAGAUGAUAUUGUAAUUGAUGUUCGGAUGAUCACUUCAAAGACGGACGCUUGAUUGUUAUGUAAUGGAAGUUAAACAUUUAAUCAUGAUUCUUGCCUAUACAUUUUAAUUUGUAUUUAUGGGAUGUGCUCCACAAAGUAAAAGACUAACUUUUUAAAGUUAAACUGAUUUACUCAACUGUAGAUAUAUAUAUGUAUUCUGAUGAAUUCAGGAACACUUCAUUUUCUAAGCACGCACUUGUUUAUUUUACUUGAAAUUUCCCAUUGUUACAAUGUUUAAUCCUCGCAGUAAUUGAUACAAAUUUCAAGAUUGAGAUAAUAUCUUAAUUACGACUCAAAUAGUCGUUGAAAUUUGGAUACAAGAUAAGGUCAGCUGCAUUGUACCUAUUGAAACAUUUUAUACAUCAUCACAUGCAGCCUCGUUCAGUUAUCUACCUUUUCAUGUUUGUUAUCACCAGGCUUAAAAUUUGAUUCAUUUUGAAUUCGAACCAUAUUAAAUUCAUUUCUCUGGGUUUAAUUUUGAAAAUCUUGUUAUUCUUGGUCAAACCAUGUCCAUUUUUUUUCUUCAUUUGAAAUUUUGUCUAGGGUGUCUAAUAACAAAUAUAAUUUGUAACCGUUUUAUAAGUAGCGAUGGAGGAGAGCUGGCGCUUUGUCACUUAAAAUAGUUGGGUGCAGCCUUCGAACCAGGGAUGUCAUUCUGUGUUACAUUUUCAUGUAUUAUUUUCAUGCAGUAUUUGGCUUGAGUGCCAAGUAGAAAUA